CAAUAUUCGUCUCCCCCGCAAGUAUUGUUCUCUAGGGCUAAUCUCGACACCAUAUCAGACGCGGAUAACACACACAUAUACAUACAGAUUCGCAUGUAUCUUUGACACAGGCGAAACCCUAAUCGGGAUUCCAGUGGCGGCGAAACUUUCUCGACAAGGAUUGAUCGGAUUUUCGAUUGAUGCUUUCGCCCUAGAAUUUAUUCGGGUGUGAUUUGGAUCUGAAUCGGAGGGGGAGGGGGGAUGGAGCCUGAGGUGGUCAAAAGGGAACGUCGAGGAAGAAAGAGAAAAAGAAAAGAUGGACAAGAUGCAGAUAAAACAGCCAAGAAAACAGCAGGUGGGGCGAAGCCUAAGGUGCUUGUUGGGAGAUAUGUGAAGAAGGAGUUUUCCGGAGUUGGUGUAUUCAUUGGGAAGAUUGUUUCUUAUGAUGCGGGAUUAUAUAGGGUUGAUUAUGAAGAUGGGGAUUGUGAGGAUUUGGAGAGUGGUGAAGUGAAAGGCUUUAUUGUUGAGGACAAAGAUAUGAAUGCUGGUUUCCGCAAAAGGAUAAAGGUUUUAGAUGAACGUAUAUUGAAGAAGUAUGCUAAAGAAAAAGAAGUUCAAUCUGAAAAAGUGAGAAAUGAUAAUGGUAAGAUAAGUAAUGGUGUUGAAUUAGCCAAUGCUGAAAAGGUUGAAAAUUCAGUUCGUGGUGGUGCUUUUGAACUUAGUGGAGCUCAAGCUGAGGUUGAUAAUGAAUCAUCCAGUGAAAUCAGUGAUUAUGAUCUGUCUGGUAACAUUGUUGAGGUUGAAAGUCCUUCCACCCCACCACCACCACCACCACCACCACAGUUGCCGCCUUCUACCGGAAAUUUCGGGGUCUCUGAGGAGCAUGUGUCAUUCCUUCUCUCUGUAUAUAGUUUCUUGCGCUCAUUUAGUGUUUGUUUGUUCUUAAGUCCUUUUGGACUGGAUGAAUUUGUUGGUGCUCUUAAUAGUUCUGUGCCCAAUACACUCCUGGAUGCCAUUCAUGUUGCUCUUAUACGUGCUUUAAAGAGUCAUGUUGAAAUUCUCUCUUCAGAAGGUUCAGAGCUUGCAUCAAAAUGCCUCAGAAGCAUGGAUUGGAGCUUGCUUGAUUCUUUAACAUGGCCAAUGUUCAUAGUCCAAUAUCUAACAACCAUGAGAUACGCAGAAGGGCAAGAAUGGAAAGAAUUCUAUGUUAACGUUUUGGAAAAGGAUUAUUAUACCCUUUCUGCAGGUAGGAAGCUAAUCAUUUUGCAGAUCUUAUGUGAUGGUGCCCUAGAUUCUGCAGAACUAAGGGCAGAAAUAGACAAUCGUGAAGAAUCUGAAGUGGGCCCAGAUCCUGAUGCAGUUCUUGCAUUCACUGAACCUGUAAAAGACACACCUAUAAAAAGACGAGGUCGCCCUCCUAAAAACCCUUUACCCAAAGAUCAAGAACCUGUAAAAGAUAUUCCUAUUCCUAUUCCUAUUCCUACUCCUACUCCAAAUUCUUCUGUUCCCAAGGUGACUGGAUCACAUAUUGGUGCUGAUGUGGACGAAGAUGGUAAUGUUGAUGAAUGUCGCCUAUGUGGCAUGGAUGGGAUUUUAGUUUGCUGUGAUGGAUGCCCAUUAGCAUAUCAUUCAAGAUGUAUAGGAAUAAUGAAAAUGUUUAUGCCUGAAGGGGCAUGGUAUUGUCCAGAGUGUACAAUGAAUAAAAUUGGGCCAAAUGUUACAAAGUUAACAUCUUUAAGAGGAGCUGAAAUUUUUGGCAUUGACCCUUAUGAGCAAGUGUUCUUAGGCUCCUGCAAUCAUCUACUGGUGAUGAAAGCUUCUAGAAGUUCAGGAUCACAUGUUCGAUACUAUUCACCAGUUGACAUUCAAAAAGUCUUGCAUGCCCUUACUGACACGGAUGAGUAUAAAGCUCUUUACUUGAAUAUCUGCAAGGGUAUUUUGGAACAUUGGAAAAUUCCUGAAAGUGUUUUCUCUCUUCCUGAAUCAAAUGGAAUAGAUCAAGAGUUGCCAAACAAAACAGUGGAUGCUGACAUUUCAACACCCUCUACGAUCUUGCCUAUGGAAAGUAGUAAUGGUGUUGAGGAUUUGAAUUCAAAGGAUGUGGUAGCUGCAUCUGCAUGUGUCACUGAAAAUGGUAAUUGCAAUAUCAAAAGAGAGAUGACCAUGACCUGUGAAAUGACAAAUACACCCUUGGUUACCAAAGAAGCUGCUAAGUUACCAUUUUUUGGUGAUGGGUGUUUGUACAAGGGUUCAUCUUUUAAGCCACAAGCAUAUCAAAAUGUGUACAUUCAUGGGGAUUUUGCUGCAUCAGCUGCUGCAAGUUUAGCCAUUUUAUCAUCAGAAGAAAAGUUGGGUUCUCAACCUCAACCUUUAAGUAGUCAUAGGAAAUUCAUGUCUGCUAACUACUCACUUCAAACAAAAGCAUUUUUACUUGCUGCAAAACGUUUUUUCUGGCCAAAUUAUGAAAAGAAACUUGUUGAAGUCCCAAGGGAAAGAUGUGGGUGGUGUCUUUCUUGCCAGGUGUCAUCCAGCAGCAAAAAGGGUUGCUUACUAAAUUCUGCUCUUUCAAAUGCCAUUAAAGGUCCUUCAAAGGUGCUUUCUUCCAUUCGCCAUUCAAAAAAUGUUGAGGGAAGUCUUGCUUCUAUUGCAACUUAUCUUAUGUUCAUGGAAGAGAGCUUAUGUGGGCUUACAAUUGGGCCUUUCCUAAAUGGGAAUUAUAGAAAACAAUGGUGUAAAAAAGUAGAGGAAGCUGCAACUCUUGGGGAAAUAAAAGCAGCCUUGCUUGAAUUUGAGAAGAACACUCGAAGCAUUGCUUUUUCAGCUGAUUGGAUUAAGCUUGUAGAUGAUAUGGGACUUGAAAAACAAGUCAACACAAGUGUCAAAAAUGUGGUGGGGUCCAGUCAAAAACGUCCAGGUAGGCCAGGUCGUAAGCCAGCUGUCAUUGUGCCUGAAGUCACUGAUAAUGAUGGGAAAGAUGCAUCAGUUGACUUUUCUUGGUGGCGAGGUGGCAUGCUUUCAAAGCAUAUUUUCCAAAAAGGGAUAUUACCACAGAUGAUGCUUAAGCAUGCUGCUCGACUAGGUGGUUCUGGGAAAUUAAAUGGUGUGCAGUAUGCUGAUGGUGUUACAGUUCCCAAAAGAAGCAGACAGUUUGUUUGGAGAGCUGGAGUAGAAAUGUGCAAGACUGCAUCACAGCUUGCUCUUCAGGUGAGGUACUUAGAUCUUCAUGUAAGAUGGAGUGAACUUGUUAGACCUGAUCAACCUAUUCAGGAAGGAAAAGGUCCAGAAACAGAAGCUUCUGCUUUCAGAAAUGCUUGCAUUGUGGAUAAGAAAGCUUCCGGAAACAAAAUCAGUUAUGGUGUUGUUUUUGAGAAUCAAAAGCAUCUUCCUUCACGUGUCUUGAAAAACGUGUUGGAAGUAGAGGAAAGUGGAGAUAAUAAGGAUAAAUACUGGUUUGUUGAAAUGCGAAUCCCUUUGUAUCUUAUAAAAGAGUAUGAAAUGGAGAAAGGGAUUUUGCCAAAUUCUGAUAAUAAGCAUGUCAUUACAUUGAAGAAGAAGCAGCUUAAGUCAAAGUCUUCUGGGAAAAAUAUAUUUUCUUUUCUUUUGGAUAAGAGGGAUAAUCCAGGGAAAUGCUUAUGUACUUUGUGUCAACAUGAUGUUCCAUUUAAGAUUGCUGCAAGAUGCAGUGUAUGUGAAGGUUAUUGUCACGAGCAGUGUGCGAUUGAAUCAAGUGUUCAGAUGGAAAAACAUGUUGAGUUUUUAAUCACAUGUAAACGUUGUUAUCAAGAGAAGUAUGUAAAUGUAAAGCCUCAAGUUCCAAUUCAAAUCAAUGGGGAUUCACCUACAAGUCCUUUGCUUUUACAAGGGCAAGAAAGUCAACAUUCAACCACAUCCAUUAAAGUGGAAAAACAAAAUGGCUUUGAAAUAAGGCAGCAUCAUGUUCCCACAAUUUCAAAUCAAUCAGCUCAGAAGAAUCAUCCUACCCCAAAUCAACCGAAAACCAGUAAAAGUGGAAAGAAAAGUAGUAAAAAAAUACUUCCAACACAAUCUGUGGAUCAAAUCCAAUCAUCAUCUAAGAAGCCAAAAAAUAACAACUCUAGUAAAAAGAGGUCAAAAGUUACUGGAGCCAAGUUGACUUUAGGUUUGAUAUGGAGAAAGAAGAAUCCAGAUGAAACUGGAAUCGACUUCAGAUUAAAAAACUUGCUUCUAAAAAACAAUCCAAAUGGACACCUAUUGGCACCUUCAUGCCACCUGUGUAGCAAACCGUAUGAUUCCAGUUUGAUGUAUAUUCAUUGUGAAGGCUGCAGUAAGUGGUUUCAUGCUGAUGCAGUUGAGUUAAAGGAGUCGACAAUCUUGGAUUUGGUGGGGUUCAAAUGUUGUAGGUGUCGCAGGAUACGGAUACCCGUUUGCCCGUAUACGGAUCCAGAAACCCGAAGGAAACUAGAAGCAAAGAAGAAACCACUGUUCAAGAAGAAAACUCUGGAAUCGGAUUCCAAUUCCGAAACCAACGAAGAACAAGUGAAUGAAUGGGAACUCUAUGCGAAUAGUAAUACUCCAGUUUUCGACUUGGAUGAAGCCGUAAACUUUCAAGAAGACAACAAAUCUCUUUAUUCCUUUCCGGUCGUUGACGAUCGGAAUCGGGAUCAGAUUCUGAUUCCGAAACUAGAACCCGACGUUGGUCCUGGAACUGGAACCGGACCGGUACCUAAGAAGUUGCCAGUGCGAAGGCAUGUGAAGUCGGAAAGGGAAUUGGAGAAUCCUGGUUUUGAACUGGCUACAAGUUAUAACGUUGGGAAUGCGGAUCCGGAAUCGUCAACUCCGGUUGUGGAAUGGAAUGUUUCAACGAAUGGAUUUGAAGAUGAUAUGAUGUUUGAUUACGGGGAUUUGAACUAUGAGGACAUGGAGUUUGAACCGCAGACGUAUUUCUCAUUCAACGAGUUGCUUGCGGAUGAUAAUGGUGGUAGUGGUGGUGAGCAACCGCAACCAGGCCCACAAGGAGGAGACCCGGUUGACUCAGCUAACCCUGAUGAGUACCAAAUGGAAAUGGGCAUGGGGAUGGAAUACGAUAUGAAACAAGAGCCGAUGUUUUCGGUUGAUUCGGGUGUUGAUAUGAUGCCAUGUAGGGUAUGUUCACAAGCGGACCCAUGCCCGGAUUUGUAUUGCCAGACAUGCGGUUUAUGGAUCCACCAGCAUUGUUCACCAUGGGUUGAUGAUGAUUCACCAUGGUCACCGGAAACUGGAUGGAAAUGUGGCAACUGUAGAGAGUGGGUGUAACCGAAUAGCGAGGUUAUAAACGUCUUUUUCUUUCGUCCCACUGGAACACGAGCCGCCACCACCACCGGUCAGACGGUGGUUAUGGGGCGGGUUUUGGGUAAGUUUGGUUGAUCUUGUGAGGGUUAAGUAGGGAAAUGUAUGGUAUGGUUGAUUAAUGAUUUUAGAUGUUGGAAAAAGUUUGGUUGAUUGACGAUUGAUAUAUACUACAACAUGAUGAUUCCCCUAUGUUAUAUGGGGGGAUUUAUACCAUUUUGGUAGCUAUGAUAUGUCACAUAGAUAAGCGGAGUUUUUAUUGCUUAUCGAUUGAUUGG